UCGUACCUUCUUCGUCGUAGAUUACUAUUCUCUUGGAAACUGCUUCGUUUUGUGUGGAUGAGAUACCUCUGUCUUGGGUUAAAUUGUUGUUACUUUUGGUUAUCAGCGAGCUGAGAGCCUGGGAAGAGAACGUCUCCGCCUUCCUAUACUAUACGUCGUGAGAGUGGUUGGGAAGAGGAAGCCAGAAGGAUGGUGCUCCCAGUACCAUUGGUGAAGCCUGAGCCCAUCAAUCUCCCCUCCGCGGAGGAGACAGACAACCUCCAGAAGCUGGUCACGUCGACAUAUACGACGUCUACGCUCGAGUUUUAUCUGAAUGGCAGCAAAAUCGAGUUACGCAACCCUAAUCCGCAUUGGACGCUGCUUGAUUUCAUCCGUUCACAGCAUGGCCUGAAGGGCACGAAGCUGGGAUGCGGUGAAGGAGGAUGUGGUGCCUGUACGGUCGUGCUGCAGGUUGUCGAUUCAAUGCGUGGUGGGAGAAUAUGGCAUCAGGCUAUUAAUGCUUGCUUGUAUCCACUGGUCGGAGUUGUGGGGAAGCAUGUUAUCACAGUAGAAGGUUUGGGGAAUGUGGAUCAUCCACAUCCUCUACAAGAACGAUUGGGGAAGCUGCACGGAUCCCAAUGCGGUUUCUGCACACCGGGAAUUGUCAUGUCCUUAUACGCCAUAAUCAGAAAUGCAUAUGACGCGCAGACAGGGAAAUUUAGCCUCUCCGAAGACGAUAUAGAGAUGAGGGGACAUUUGGAUGGGAAUCUGUGCCGCUGCACUGGGUAUAAACCAAUUCUUCAAGCGGCAAAGACUUUUAUUACGGAGGAUCUCCGGGGAGAGCUCGCUGAUGAUGUUUCUCGAUCGCGAGAGUUGGAUCUAACGCCAAGUUCUCGGGAGGAUGAUGGCUCUUAUGUGGAGGGUUCGUAUCCUGGUUCGUCGAAAUCGAAUGGUUCUUGCGGUAGACCUGGAGGUUGCUGUCGGGACAACCCGUCUAUCAAGGGUUGCGGAUCAAGCCCUUCUCGAUCAUCGUCUGGGUCGUCGCCAACGGAUGAGACGAGCUCCGCUACGAGUUUGUCGACAGAUAGCGGUGAAUCUGCAAGAAAGAGCUCGAUUCCACAAUUUGAUUUCAAACCGUACGUGCCAUCUACAGAACUCAUCUAUCCUCCUGGUCUACGGAAACAUAUCAACCGACCGAUCUGUUAUGGCGAUGAGACUAAAGUCUGGCUACGACCGGUGAACCUGGCGCAGCUUGUCGAGUUACUCUCUAUAUAUCCAUCUGCGAAGCUCAUUAGCGGGGCCAGCGAAACUCAGAUUGAAGUUCGCUUCAAGAAUGCUAAAUAUGCUGUUUCGGUAUUCGUAUCUGAUAUCGAAGAAUUGAAGCGGAUGGAUGUCCCAGAGGAUGUUUCAAGCAUGAAGGAGCUCGUCAUUGGAGGGAACACUCCUCUCAGUGAUGUGGAAUCUGCUUGUUAUGGACUCGCGUCCAAGCUUGGACAACAAGGGUCCGUAUUUGGCGCUAUGGCGAAAGUACUGAGAUACUUCGCUGGGCGUCAGAUACGUAACGCUGCUUCGCUGGCGGGUAACAUAGCGACCGCUUCGCCUAUCUCAGACAUGAACCCUGUUCUCAUGGUGGCGAAUGCUAGCGUUGUUGCAGUCAGCAGUAAGGGAGAAGCCACCAUACCUAUGUCGUCUAUGUUCCUGGGGUACCGCAGGACAGCUCUUCCUCCUGGAAGCGUGAUAGUCCGAAUCCGAGUACCAGUUCCGCCACCUGAUGAGAUAGAGUUGACUAAAUCAUAUAAACAGGCCAAGAGAAAGGAUGAUGACAUUGCCAUCGUCACGGCAGGAUUCCGCGUUAGGCUGGAUAAACGGGGAAUUGUGGAAGACGUCGCUCUAGCGUACGGUGGAAUGGCGCCUAUGACCGUUAUGGCUACGAGUACUUCGACCUUUUUGAAAGGAAAGAAAUGGUAUUGUCCACAGACUCUGAGUGGCGCACUUGACAGCUUGAAGAGCUCGUUCCAGCUUCCGUAUGGAGUCCCAGGCGGCAUGGCAACUUAUAGAAGGACGCUUGCUCUAUCUAUGUUCUUCCGUUUCUGGCAUGAGGUCGUUGCAGAACUGAAACUGGGUGAAGUUGACCCUGAGCUAGUUGAAGAAAUCCACCGGCAGGUCUCAUUCGGAAGCAGAGAUAACACCAACCCGUACGAGCAGCGUGUUGUAGGAAAGCAGAUUCCCCAUCUCUCGGGCUUGAAACACACAACCGGUGAGGCGGAAUACUUGGAUGACAUGCCGCAUCACGACCGCGAGUUGUACUGUGCGUUGGUUUUGUCCCAGAAAGCGCAUGCUAUCAUCAAGUCAGUGGACUGGACUCCUGCUCUGAAGCCGGGUCUGGCUCUCGGAUAUAUCGACAAGAACAGUAUUGAUCUGUCAAAGAAUGCAUGGGGUUCUAUUGUCAAAGACGAGCCUUGGUUCGCAGAAGACAAGGUGUACUCUCACGGUCAACCCAUUGGCAUGGUCUACGCAGAGACAGCAUUACAGGCUCAAGCCGCUGCGCGUGCGGUCAGGGUCGAGUACGAGGAGCUGAAACCGAUUUUGACAAUAGACGAAGCUAUUGAGGCGAAGAGCUUCUAUGAUUACAGCAAGGAGUUGCGCAAAGGUGCACCUCCGGAACAGAUGGAGAAGGUAUUCUCAGAGUGCGAUCGCGUUUUCGAGGGUAUCACUCGAAUGGGCGGCCAGGAGCACUUCUAUCUCGAGACUAAUGCUGCCAUGGUGAUUCCACACGCGGAAGAUAACUCCAUGGAUGUCUGGUCUUCUACCCAGCAUACAAUGGAAACACAAGAGUUAAUAAGCAGAGUCACUGGGAUUCCGAGCAACCGUAUCAAUGCUAGGGUCAAGCGUAUGGGUGGAGGCUUCGGAGGCAAAGAGUCCAGGAGCAUUCAACUUGCGGGACUUCUUGCUAUUGCUGCAGUAAAGGAACGUCGACCGAUGAGAGCAAUGCUGAAUCGUGACGAGGAUAUGAUGACGAGCGGUCAAAGACAUCCUUUCAAGUGCGUGUGGAAAGUGGGCGUGAUGCACGACGGCACCCUCAAAGCUCUCCAGGCCCAUUGCUAUAACAAUGGCGGUUGGUCCCUGGACAUGAGUGCAUCUGUUAUGGAUCGAUGCAUGACACACCUUGACAAUUGCUACGAGAUUCCGAACGUCCACAUCCGUGGAUAUGUCUGCAAGACCAACAUCCACAGUAAUACUGCCUUCCGUGGGUUUGGAGCUCCACAAGCCAUGUUCUUUGCUGAGACCUACAUGCACGCCGUCGCUGAGGGACUGAAGAUGAAUAUUGACGAGCUGCGGUGGAAGAACCUGUAUAAACAAGGGAACCGCACGCCUUUCUUGCAGAAGAUCGACGAAGACUGGCACGUACCCAUGCUAUUGGAGCAACUGCGGAAGGAGGCCUCGUAUGAUGACAGAAAAGCCCAGAUAGCAAAGUUUAACUCGAAGAGCAAGUGGAAGAAGCGUGGUAUCUGUCUCGUACCCACAAAAUUCGGCUUGUCUUUUGCUACCGCCAUUCAUCUGAAUCAGGGUGCUGCUUCAGUGAAGAUAUACACAGAUGGCUCUGUCCUUCUCAGCCAUGGUGGUACUGAAAUGGGUCAGGGAUUGUACACCAAAAUGUGCCAAGUGGCCGCCCAAGAGCUGAACGUGCCAAUUGAAAACGUCUACACGGCAGACACUUCGACAUACCAGGUCCCCAAUGCCUCGCCUACAGCCGCGUCCUCUGGAAGUGAUCUGAAUGGAAUGGCUAUCAAGAACGCUUGUGAUCAACUCAAUGCGCGUCUCAAGCCAUAUUGGGAGAAGUUUGGCCAAGAUGCGGACUUCAAGACCAUAGCCAACGCGGCCUACCGGGAUCGUGUCAAUUUGGCAGCUACCGGCCACUGGAGCAUGCCUCGCAUUGGGUAUCAGUUUGGAAACUUCGAUCCCGAAACAGUUAAGCCGAUGUAUUACUAUUUCACGCAGGGAGCCGCAUGUACAGAAGUCGAACUAGACCUUCUCACCGGCGACCACACCGUCCUUCGCACAGAUAUCAAAAUGGACGUGGGUCGAUCCAUCAACCCUGCCAUCGACUACGGCCAAGUCGAAGGCGCCUUCGUCCAAGGCCAGGGCCUAUUCACCAUCGAGGAAUCCCUCUGGGCCAACGACGGCAGUGGCCAAUUAGUGACCCGCGGCCCUGGCACGUACAAGAUCCCAGGAUUCAGCGACAUCCCGCAAGAGUUCAACGUCAGUUUUCUAAAAGGCGUCUCCUGGCAGAGUCUCCGUUCUAUACAGAGUAGUAAAGGAAUUGGUGAACCGCCGCUUUUUCUUGGCUCGACUGUCCUCUUCGCUCUGCGCGAUGCGUUGGUGCAGGCUAGGAAGCAGAAUGGUGUCGUUGAGCCCUUGAUGCUCGAUUCGCCCGCUACGGUGGAAAGGUUGAGAUUGGCUGUGGGCGAUGAUCUGGUUAAGAUGGCGAAUGUUGUUCCAAAAGAGGGGGAGAAGCCGUUCUUCGUUGCUGUGUCUUGAUGGGCGAGUUUGGAAUUUGUCUAUGGAGGUAUGAUGUCAAAGGGAAUUUCAUCUAUUUUGGAUAUGCCAUGUAGUGGUUAGUUAAUACAAGAUCUGUAAGAGAUUCUCGGGGCAUAUGGAUAAUUCAAGACAAGUACG